AUGUCCUCUUCGCAUGUCAAAGACAAGCACAGCGAGCCCAUUCGUGUCGGCGACACCGUGGCCUCUAAGGCGCGAGGCGGGCGCCAAUACGGAGAGGUCACCGACAUCGUGACCACGAAGGAGGAGGCGGAGGAGGCUGGCGCGAAGAACCCGCCGAAGGUGUUGUACGAGGAUCAGCACGGCCAUCUGGUUUCGCACAAUCCGGGUACGGUGGUGCACGGGGAAGAUCCAACGAAGUGA